AUGGAGGUGCCAGCUGAAGGGGAAGUGAAUCCCCCUUCAGUUGGCGACAGUUCGGAUUCAUCAGAAGUGCUACUGGUGGAGAGACGCGAAAACAACCCUCGAAGCAGUGUGGGGCCCACAGCAGCCAGAGCCCCUCCAGAUAUUAGGUUCGAAAUGCAACCUGCUGUAUUUGACGCGUGGCUGACGUUGCAAAGGUCACCAGCCAUGCAGACGGCCAAAGCUCCAAUUUUUGACAUUUUGUCACCUUCGGGGAGGAAAAUGGACCAUUUGUUCAAGGCGCCAAGCCUGGGAAUGGUGCCAGCUGUUGUUUUGCCUCUAGACACGGGAAAUGCUAUGCCAGUUUCAGGUCUUGCUGCUAAGUUGGCAGCCAACAGACUACGGCACACUCAGCUGGUCAAAACUGAUGACCACAUUCUCUGGGAGGCCAUGAAGAAGCCCAAGACCAUUUUGCUGAGCGAUCCAGCAGCGACGAAGUUGGGGCGAUCACUGGUCUCAGGUUUCAGCCUCUUGUCGGAUGAGGCAGAUUGGUCUAGAUCUCUGAGCGAUGCCUUUACUGGAAAAGCUGUGGUGACCCUGGCAAAGAGAUCAUCUGCAUUGUGGCGUUUCCACAACUGGUGCGUUGACAAUGGUUUGGGCCCAGCAGUGAGUGCGUUGCCCUUCGUGAAGUCGCUGCCAAGUUUCCUGGUCUGGCCCGUUUUGCCACCUGGUGUUACCAAAUGCCCAGGCCUGGACCUGGCCAUCCACUACUUAGACGAUGGGGUGUUGGCUGGAGACUUGGGCGCUGUUGCGGCGGCGCUAGCCCACGUCCAGCAGCAAGCCUCCAGCAUGGGCUUGGUGCUCAACUUGGCUAAGUGUGAGGCAGUUGCAGUUGGUGGCCUUUGUCCUGCAGACCUUGUUCUCCACAACUUUGAAUUCCUUGGUGCAGCGAUCGGCGAUGCGGCCUUCAGUGACGCCCACACUGCUCGCCGAGCCGAGCAAGCCAAUCGGCUGCUGGAAGCGCUGGCUUCCUUGGAAGACAGUCAGGUUGGCUUGCGGCUGCUGCGGAGCUGUGCCGGCUUCGUACGUCUGGUGCACAGCAUGCGCUGUAACCCUCCUGGGGUUCAGCAACAUGCUUUGGCUACUUUUGAUCAGAUGGUGCGGACUUGCUUUGGUGGGCUGACUGGUUUGCAUUUGACAGCAUCACAGUGGCAACAAGCUGGGCGCAGCCUUGCUCACGCUGGCUUAGGUUUGCGCUCCACUGUGCAACAUGCCCCAGCCGCAUAUCUGGCGUCUCUGGGUUCUAGCCUGAGUGCUUGUGCUGAACUCGACAGUGGGUUCUCGCCUGUGGAGGUGCUCACUGCGCCUGGGGCCCUUGAUGCUUUGCGCAGUCUGAACUCUCAGUUGGACGGUGGCAGCCAGCUCUGUUUGGAAAAAGCUCUUGCUUUCAACCAACAUGCCCUUUCCGCUCGUUUGGAUGCUGCUUGCUGGGACAAGCAGAUUGCCGGCGCUAGCCCCGCUGAGCGGGCCUCCCUUUGGUCCGAAACCGGUUUGGGGGCCAGGGCUUUCCUAGCUGCCGUGCCAUCGGGUCCUACCCGCAUGGAAAAGGCAACUUUUGCGGCUGAGCUUCGUGUGCGGUUGGGUGUUCCUGAUGCUCCGACCGAUGCCUGGUGCCCCCGUUGCGAUGGCAUUCUUGACCGUCUCUCCCAUCACGCUGGUGUUUGUGUCGCUGGUGGAGAACGAGCACAGCGGCACUACGCUGUCCGAGAUGUGGUCCAUGCUUGGGCUGAGAAAGCUGGCUUGAGACCCGAAAAGGAGCGUCCCGGGCUUCUGCUACCCCAGUCCCCUGAUGACACCCAGUCGGCUCGUCGCCGUCCAGCCGAUGUCUUUCUGCCAGCGUUAGCUGGAGGCCCUGCUGCACUUGAUUUCGCCAUUACGGCGCACCAGCGGCAGGACACUCUUGCUUUGGCCAGCAGCAGGGCAGGGGCUGCCGCGGAGGCGUAUGCCCGACAGAAGGAGGCCCAUCUACACACUGCGCAGGCUUGUGCCUCGCAAGGGGUCUCCUUCGUUCCCAUGGUCGUCGAAACCACUGGACAUUGGGAUGUUGGCGCGGCCCGCGUGCUGCGCCAUAUAGCCACUGCGGUGGUGGCUCGCACUGGUGAUCUGGCGGAUCAUGUGCACAACUCUAUGCUGCAGGAGCUUUGUGUGGUGGUCAGAUCCUUCCGGGCCCGGGCGGCUUUGAGGCGUCGCAGUGAGUUGGCUGAUGCAUAG